AUGAAAGAAGAUAAGAUCCAAGAAGAUGUGAUUUCUGUGUCCUGUUCAACUGCACUCAGCAACACGCCCCCGUACUUUCCAUACAAAUAUGUGUCAUCAAUAGCAAUUACCUUUGUCAUGUGGGCAUAUCCCCGUAUGCAAGCUUCGAAUGCUAAGAAGUCUGCAUCUGUUACUUCUGAGGCUAAUAGGGUGGGCCAGUUCAUGAGAAUAAACCCACCCAAAUAUUCUGGCCCUAAGGUAGAAGAGGACCUACAGGAGUUCGUAGAUGAAAUGGAGAAAAUUUUUAGAGUAAUACAUGUGGAUCAGGUGGAAGGGGUUGAGUUAGCAGUAUACCAGCUUAAGGAUGUAGCGAACCAAUGGUAUAACGAAUGGGAGGAUGCAAAGGGUGAGAGUGUUGAUCCUACAAUUUGGACCGAGUUCAUGGAAGCUUUUCUUGACCGGUUCUUCCCUUUAAAAUUGAAGGAAGCCAAAGCAAAGGAGUUUAUGAAUCUUAAAUAG